CACAUCUUCUCAAACGUUUCCACACUAGCUCUGUCCCUUUCUCUCUCUCUACAAACCAGUCUAUUUCCUUCUUUUUCUUCUUCUAAUGGCCGCACAUGAAGUAGGACAACCUUCAGAAUCUCUCCAACACAAGACUUGGGUCUUGAAGGUCUCCAUUCACUGUGAAGGCUGCAAAAGAAAAGUGAAAAAAGUUCUGCAGCAAGUUGAAGGUGUUUAUAACGCAGAUAUUGAUACCAAGCAACAAAAAGUAACAGUAACUGGUAACGUAGAUGCAUCGACUUUAAUAAAAAAACUGAUAAAGUCCGGCAAACAUGCGGAGUUAUGGCCAGAAAAGAUUGAUGAGAAGGAGAAAAAGUCGGGCAAAGCGAAGAAAAAAGAGAAACAGAACGACCAAGAAAGCAGCGGAGAUGGCCGUGGUGGUAGUGAUAAAGAGAUCAAACCGGCGGUGAAAAUUGAAGUAGUUCAAGUUUCUACUAAAAAUAGCCAAGUUUGUGGUGCUACAGCUGAACAUAGCGGAGGUGGUGGUGCUACUGCAUCUCAACAUAGCGAAACUGGUGGUGGUGGCGGUACUAGUCCAGCUAAGCCUAGCGAAGGUAGUAGUGGUGGCGGUGCUAAAGUUGGUGAAGUUGGCUCUGAAGCAAGCAGUGGUGGACAAGCAGCGAAGGAAUCAAAAGCUGAGGGGAAGAAACCGGUGACAGCCGCCGCCGGUAACCAGUCAACGGUGGCGACGGAGAAGAAGGGUGGUGAAAGCGAUUGUGGACGUGCUGAGAAUAGUGGCAGUGGAGGCAAUGGAAAUGGUAGUAAAAAGAAGAAAAAGGAAGGGCAAAAUGGGAAUGAUGCCCAGGGUGUAAAGUCGAGUAUUGCACCUGUAAGCACAGAACCACCAAAUCAUAACACGGUACCACCUCUUGUUUCAGACCAAACUAAUCACAGCGCUCCACGUCAGCAUGUGAACCAUCAUCACCCACCACAUUACUAUGCAGCAGCACCGGUAUCUGCUGUGAGCUACAAUACGGCGUAUCCUACUAGCAGCUAUACGGCGUCGUACUAUGCCUCACCACCUACGGCGUAUCCAACUAGCAGCUAUACGACAUCUUACUAUACCUCACCACCACCGUAUUUCUAUGGGUAUUCAUAUCCCGGACCAGAGAAUGAACCUGCAAUAUCGGAUUUAGACUCCCACCCGCGACAGCCAUUGGAUUCAUUUGAGAUUUUUAGUGAUGAAAAUCCCAAUGGGUGCUCAAUUAUGUGACGGAAAAUAUGGAAUGUAGCAUUUGUACACGGCCAUUGGGCAUAGUUGGCUUAUACUACUCGUAUAAGUGUGUUUGUAACAUAUAAUUAGAUGUUUAGAUUUGUAAAAUGAGAGAUCAGAGUAAACGUUAUGAGAAAUGAAAAGGGGCUUUAUG